UAGCAUUCCCCUAUCAUCAUUUAAAACAUUUGCUAGGGUUUUCCAGCGGCGCUAAGAUUUUCUAAGGUUUAAUCUAAAUCUUCAAUCGCCGAUUUUGCAAUCGAAAAUGGGGCACUCUAACAUAUGGAAUGCUCACCCUAAGAACUACGGCCCUGGAUCUCGCGCUUGCCGUGUCUGCGGAAAUCCUCACGCAAUCAUUCGCAAGUAUGGUUUGAUGUGCUGCAGGCAAUGCUUUCGUAGCAAUGCUAAGGAAAUUGGUUUCAUUAAGUACCGUUGAAGAUGGAAUUGGAGCGUCCAGUCCACUGCAGAAGCUGGUUUUGAAUAUUUCUUAGACUAGACUAUGAAUUAUCUCUGUGGUGUGAUUGGCGCUACUGAAAUUUUAUGGUUUUGUUAUUUUGAAAACUAUUUAAUGUAGUCACUUAAAUCUUCAGAGAACAUAAAUCUAUUUGAACUGCAUAUGCUUACUGCC